AUGACCAUGCCGUCAACAAUGCGGCAGUCCUUGUUCCGCAAGGUCCAGCGCUUCAAGACCGACUAUGCUCCGUGCACAAUCACUCAAUAUGUAUCGGAGCGGAGCGGCAUGCAGGUCGUCGUUGCCGAUCGACAAGGCCCCAAGAUCAACGGAUACUUCACCUUGGCCACGGAGAUCUGUGACGAUUCUGGCGCGCCACACACUCUGGAGCAUCUGGUGUUUAUGGGUUCCAAGAACUACCAGUUCAAGGGCCUUUUGGACAAACUGUCCUCUCGCGCUUACUCGGGCACCAAUGCUUGGACAGCAACAGACCAUACAGCUUACACCCUGGAGACUGCAGGCUGGGAAGGGUUUGCGCAAGUUCUUCCCGUGUACUUGGAACACAUAAUCCUACCUACAAUUACCGACGAAGCAAUCGCCACCGAGGUCUGGCAUAUCGACGGCCAGGGUAAUGAUGCUGGUGUGGUUUACUCCGAGAUGCAGGCUGUUCAAUUCCGCAGCGCCGAGAUCAUGGACCUCAAGGCACGCCGCUUGCUCUACCCAGAAAAUGUCGGCUUUCGCUACGAGACGGGCGGUAUGACGGAAGCCCUGCGUGUUCUGACGCCUGAGCGCAUUCGCCAAUUCCACCGUGACAUGUAUCAGCCACGCAAUCUGUGCCUUGUUAUCGUGGGUGAGGCGGACCACGUCGACCUGUUGCAAAUUUUGGACGACUUCGAGGAGAGUAUCAAGGACGACAUUCCGCCCUUGGACGCCAAGUUUAACAGGCAAGUGCCUUGGCUUGAUUCAGCCCAACCCCCUGCGCUGAAAGAAUCCAUUGUUACUACUGCUGAGUUUCCUGAAGAGGAUGAAUCCGUCGGCGAGAUUCUUAUUGGAUUUUUCGGCCCCAACUGUGUCGAUCUGAUUGAAACUUCUGCGCUCAAUAUCUUGCUCACUUACCUGUGCGGCUCGUCCGUUUCCGUUCUCGAGAACGUCUUAGUCGAGAAGGAAGAGCUUGCCAGCUCUGUGACGCAAUGGUGGGAGGCGCGGCCAAACUCCGUGAUUUGGCUCCAGCCAACAGGUGUCGCGACGGAAAAGCUGGAGUUUGUGGAAAGACGACUGAUGGAACUGCUGAAGGAAGUUGCUAGUAAGCCACUUGACAUGGAGUAUAUGCUGGAAUGCAUAAAGCGCGAGAAGCGCCAGGUCAAAUUCCAUGCCGAAACCUCAGAGUCAUUCUACGCGACAAACAUCAUCACUGACUACCUUUUUGGCAAGCGAGACGGCUCAACGCUUCAAGAACUUGCAACUCUGAGCGAGUACGAUGUUCUCGAGAAGUGGACAGACCAGCAAUGGCGAGCUUUUCUGAGCAAAUGGAUGUCCGACGCCCACCACGUUUCCAUCCUCGGCAAACCGUCCCACGAACUAGCCAAGAAGAUGAAGCUUGACGAGGAGGCCAGAAUCGCCAAAAGAAAAGGGGAGCUCGGAGCAGAAGGGCUAGAAAAGCUCGCCAAGCGCCUUGAGGCUGCCAAGAAGAAGAAUGACGAGCCCAUCCCUGCCGAGGUCAUUGAUCGAUGGAGUGUUCCCGGCACAGAAUCGAUCCAUUUUAUUGAGUCUGAUACUGCACGAUCUGGACGGGCCAAAUCAAUUGGCUUGGGUACUGGUCCGGCACAGGAGACCAUUGACUCUGCAACAGAUGGUAAACUGCCACUGUUUAUCCAGUUCGAAGAUGUGCCCACCAACUUUGUGCACAUCACCAUUCACCUGGGCACCUCGCAAGUGCCGUUUGAGCUGAAACCUCUCUUGUCCAUAUUUAGCGACAACUUCUUCAACACUCACAUCUUGCGAGAUGGCAAGCAAGUCGACUUUGAGCAAGUCGUGAUGGAACUCGAGCGAGACAGCAUCGGCUACAGCAUUGGAUCCUCUCGCUCGCUCGGCGACGUAGACGGCUACAUGAUUGGCUUCCAGGUCGAGCCCGAUAAGUAUUCUGCCGCAGUCCAGUGGCUGCGAACCAUGAUGUUUGACUCUGUCUUUGAUCCCCAGCGCCUUGGGGCUGCCAUCACCAAGGCCCUCGCUGAUAUUCCUGAGGCCAAGCGCGACGGUCGUGGGAUGGCUGCAGAGAUUGAUGCGGCUGUCCACAUGGACAAGACGUCCCUGGCCGUAGCCAGGCGUAUUCUGGUCAAGGCAGUAUAUCUCAAGCGCCUCAAGAAGCUCCUCAAGAGUGAGCCGAAGAAGGUCAUUGAGUGGUUUAACAUCAUCCGCAAGUCGCUAUUUACAUUCCAGAACAUGCGCCUCCUCGUCACCGCAAACAUAUCCAAGCUCCAAAACCCGAUCGCUGCGUGGAACACUCUCGCCGAGACUCUGACGGCCCAGGAGGACAUGGUCCCGAUUCCCAAGUUUGUAGACCUCCUCAAUGAAGAAGGCCGCAAACCAGGAUCUGUCGGCGCCAUCAUCGUGCCCAUGACCACCCUCGAUAGCUCGUAUUCCGUGAGCACCGCGCCUAGCAUCACCUCCCUCUCGGACCCCAAGUUUCCCGCCAUCAUGGUGGCAAUCGGCUACCUCGAGACCGUCGAAGGACCCCUCUGGAACGCCGUCCGCGGGGCCGGGUACGCCUACGGCUCUUACUUCUCGCGCAACGUCGACUCAGGUCUCCUGUCCUACCGCGUCUAUCGCUCCCCGGACGCAUACAAGGCCAUGUCCGCGUCCCGUGACGCCAUCCACAAGAUUGCCGUCGGCCAAGUCCCCAUCGACAAGCACCUCCUCGAAGGAACCAUUAGCCAAAUCGUCGUCAUGUUUGCCGACGAGCAAGCCACAAUGCCGAGUGCCGCUCGGCAAAAUUUCGUACGCAGCGUUGUCCGCGGCCUGCCCGAGGACUGGAGCAAAGACGUGCUCCGACGGGUGCGGGACGUCACCGUCGACGAGAUGAAGCGUGCCAUGCAAGAGUUUAUCUUGCCUUGUUUUGAGCCGGGCAAGAGCAAUGUGGUGGUUACUUGCGCCAAGCUGAUGCUAGAGAAUAUGGAAACCGCCUUCAGGGGCAUGGGAUACGAGGUACAGACACGGGAGCUGAGCUAUUUUCAUGAUGAUUACGGUCUGCAGGCCGAUGAGGAUGGAGAAGACGAGGAAGGGGAAGAGGACGAAAAUGGAGAGGAAGAGGGCUCGGAAGGUUCAUAUGAUGAUGACGACGACGAAUCGGGUCAAGAUUAG